GGCCGCACCACAUGGGAUCGAUGCCGUCACUUGGCAAAAGCACAUGCCCAAGUGAGUUCUGUCUCCUAGGUCCACACGUUCCUGAACUCUCCCCAUUUGUGGCCCUGGGUGUGUGCAAUCACUGAACUGAGGGACCAUAAAGAGGUCGAUGCUCUCAGAUUCAGGACCGGACGUCGGCAGUCAUUGUGACAGUACUACCAGAGAUACCAUGUCUCUGAACCGUCAGUCAGUCGAUUACAAGCGCGAUUUUGAGGAUACGACAUCAGCGCACUCGGUCGUAGACGCAAGCGAUGUCGCGCGAGACUUUGUCCGGCCCCCGAUUGACUACUCUUCCGCAGCUGCUUUCACCAGCAGUUCCUGGGCUAGGUGGAAGAGUAUAUGGACUAGGCGCUUCGUACUUUCGCUCUUGGCUGGACAGGUGGUUUCUCUAUGUAUAACAGUGACCAAUGUCACGACGACGGAGCUGAUUAGCAGGAAUUGGUCGUUGCCGACCACGCAGACGUGGUUUUUGUAUUUUUCGCUGUUUAUCAUUUAUACGCCGUAUACCAUGUAUAAGUAUGGUCUGAAGGGUUGGGGUCAGAUGGUGUUCAGGGAUGGGUGGAAAUAUUUCAUCCUUGCAGCCUGUGAUGUCGAGGGCAACUUCUUAGUCGUAAAGGCUUAUAACUAUACCGAUUUGCUCUCUUGCAUGCUUCUCGAUGCUUGGGCAAUCCCUGUGUGCCUGUUCUUUUGCUGGGUGUACAUGCGUACGAAGUAUCACUGGACUCAGGUGUUGGGCGUCUUAGUGUGUGUCGGAGGGCUCGGCAUGCUAGUAGCGUCAGACAUGCUCACGGACAAGAACUACCCUGCACUAAGCAGAGGCAAAGGCGACGCCUUCAUGAUCGUUGGAGCGACGCUAUACGGCUUUACCAAUGCCACAGAAGAGUUCUUUGUGAGGAGAUCACCGCUUUAUGAGGUCGUUGGCCAGCUUGGUAUGUGGGGGACCCUGAUCAAUGGGAUUCAGGCUGCUAGUCUGGAGCAUGUGGCCAUGACUACGGCGUCAUGGAAUGGUGCCACGAUUGGCUUUCUGGCCGCUUACACAGCUGCGAUGUUUAUCCUCUACACGACUGCUCCUCUGCUGUACCGCAUGGCGUCGUCAGCUUUCUACAAUAUUAGUUUGCUCACGAGCGACUUCUAUGGUCUUAUUUUUGGUCUCUUCCUCUUCCACUUUUCGCCCUACUGGCUUUACUUCCCUGCUUUCUGCGUAGUCGUCAUCGGCCUCAUCAUCUACUUUUGGCAUGCCACGCCUGAGGAGCAGGGCAAGCUCGAUCCUAAAGCUCCGGCAUAUAUACGAAGAAUGCACCUGGAUGACCAAGUUUAGUUGGAUACCUGUAGUGAUACCCUUAUGCGAUACAUGUCAUCGAC